AAUCCACAGCCGGAAUGGACGUUACUAUACUUUCUACGUCAUCACUUACGACUGACUGGGACUAAAUUAGUUUGCGGUGAAGGAGGAUGUGGCGCGUGUACUGUUAUGGUCUCUAAGUAUGAUAAAUUCGAACAAAAAGUAAUCCAUUAUUCUGUUAAUUCAUGUCUUAUACCAUUGUGUACUUUGGAUCAUGCUGCAGUAACUACUGUAGAGGGAAUUGGAAGUACAGAAAAUAAAAUUCAUCCUGUUCAGGAACGUAUCGCUAAAGCUCAUGGAUCUCAAUGUGGAUUUUGUACACCUGGAUUUGUAAUGUCAAUGUAUACACUACUUCGUAAUAAUUCUCAACCUACUGAAGAAGAUAUCGAAGACGCAUGUGAAAGUAAUUUAUGCCGUUGUACAGGAUACAGACCUAUAUUAGAUGGAUUUAAAUCUUUUUCCAAGAACGAUUUAGAUUGCAAGUUAUAUAAGCUUUCAGAUCUCAUGGAUUAUGACCCCUCUCAAGAUAUAAUAUUUCCUCCAGAAUUAUUGCUAUUAAAAGACAAAUCAACAACAAGUCUAGAAAUUCACGGCAAGAAUAUUACAUGGUUUCGACCAUGUUCACUUGAUGAAUUACUAUCACUAAAGAGAGACUAUCCGAAAGCGAAGCUUGUCAUCGGAAAUACAGAAAUCGGAGUAGAAACGAAAUUCAAAGAUAUUAGUUAUCCAGUCUUAAUAUCACCAAGCGAAAUUCCUCCUUUAAAUGUUGUAAAUUACAGUGAUGAAGGUAUCGAAAUCGGUAGCUGUGUUUCAUUAACAAAAAUGAAUCAAAUCUUACGCGAUGCUAUAGAAAAGCUACCAGAAUACAAAACGAGAAUCUUCGCUGGGAUUGUGGAAAUGUUACGCUGGUUCGCAGGUCAUCAAACUAGAAACGUUGGUAGUAUUGUAGGCAAUAUCAUGACAGCAAGUCCUAUAUCUGAUUUAAAUCCAUUAUUCCUAGCUUCUAAAACUAAACUAUAUGUUCAAUCAGCUGACAAUGAAAAGAAAGUAAUAACUAUGGAUGAAUCUUUCUUUACUGGUUAUCGAAAAACUUGUCUAGAUGACGAUGAAGUUGUAAUUUCUAUUUUGAUUCCAUUUACUUCAGAGAACGAGUACUUUCUUGGAUUUAAGCAAGCUCGUCGACGUUCCGACGAUAUAUCUAUCGUUAAUGCUGGUAUGAGAGUCGUUGUUGAAAAAUCGUUAUCACAAUCUAAUUACUUGAUCAAAGAUUGUACACUAAGCUUUGGAGGGAUGGCUCCAGUAACUGUCAUUGCUCAACGAGCAAGUCAUUUUCUAACUGGAAGAGAGUGGAAUAAAAACCUUACGGAGUUAAUAAUUCCCUUGUUAAACGAAGAUAUGCCGCUAGCCUUUUCUACUCCAGGCGGAAUGGUCGAGUAUAGAAAAGCACUAGUAUGCAGUUUCUUUUUCAAAUUUUAUCUAACAGUUACCUCUCAGCUUCUACCGUCUGAGAAUUUUAUAGAAGCUGAAAUACCUCCUUCAUACUUGAGUGCAACCUCAGUAUUCAAGAAAGAUCCUACUCGAAGUAUUCAAGUGUUUGAGAAACCGGAUUCCAAUCAAGCACAAGAUGAUGCUUUAAGGAGGCCUAUGGUACACACUUCUGCGUUAAAACAGACAACUGGUGAAGCUGUAUAUUGUGACGAUAUGCCCACGUUUUCAAAUGAAUUAUUUGCUGGCUUAGUACUAAGUCAAAGACCCCAUGCCAUUAUAGAAUCAGUAGAUUAUAAAGACGCUUUAUCAAUGCCUGGAGUACACUCUCACGUAACUGCUAAAGAUGUAAAAGGAUCUAAUCUAUUCGGAGUUAUUCAAGCAGAUGAAGAAAUAUUUGCUACGAAAGAGGUAACUUGCGUUGGUCAAUUGAUUGGAGUAAUCUUAGCAGAUACGAAAGAACAUGCUAAUGAAGCUGCCAAAGCUGUGCACGUUGUAUAUGAAGAUUUGCCCGCUAUUUUAACAAUUGAAAGAGCUAUACAAGCAGACAGUUACUAUCCGUAUGAUAAGCAAUUCAACGUAGAAGGUAUCGAAAAAGAAAUAGAAAAGUCUGAUCAUGUACUGGAAGGUGAUAUUCGAAUCGGCGGUCAGGAACAUUUUUACCUCGAACCUCAAUCAUGUGUUGCUUUACCUAAAUUGGAAAGUGGAGAAAUGGAGAUUUUUGUAACAUCUCAAGGAUCAUUUUUCAUCCAAGAAAGCAUUUGUAAAGCCUUGGAUAUUCCCUUUAACAGGGUUAUUAUCAGAAUUAAACGUUUAGGAGGAGGAUUUGGUGGCAAAGAAUCGCGUACUAUAAUUAUUGCAUUAGCAGCUUCCAUCGGCGCUCAGAGCUCGAAAAGGCCCGUACGGUGUGUAUUAGAUAGAGACGUCGACAUGUCAAUAACGGGAACAAGACAUCCAUAUUUAUUUAAGUACAAGGUUGGCUUCGGUAGUACUGGUAUAAUUAAUGCACUACGCCUUCGAAUGUAUGCCAACUGUGGAAAUAGCUUAGAUUUAUCUCCGGCGGUUAUGUCACGCACUUUGUUGACCUGCAGUAGUUGCUACCGAAUUCCUCAUUUUGAUAUCUCUCCAUACUUAUGCAAAACCAACAUCCCAUCUAAUACUGCUUUCAGAGGUUUUGGAUCGCCACAAGGCGUUUUCGCAAUAGAAACGAUUUUAACUGAAAUUGCAAUUAAUUGUGGCAUUACCCAAUUACAGGUGAGGGAAAUAAAUUUAUACAAAGACGGAGAUAUAACUCAUUAUGGUGACGUGAUAGAAGAAAGCAGAGUGCGAACAGUUUUAAAUGAAGUCAUCAAAAGCAGUAAUUUCCACAAACGCAAAGUAGAUGUUGAAUCUUAUAAUAGAGAGAACCGAUGGAAGAAACGUGGCAUUUCUGUAAUCCCACUAAGUUAUCCUGUUGGAUUCAAUAUAAGGUUUAUGAACCAGGGUGGAGCAUUAGUAAUAAUUUAUCUAGAUGGUUCUGUUCUUCUAAGUCACGGUGGAAUUGAAAUGGGCCAAGGAUUGCAUACCAAGAUGACACAGAUUUGUUCACAUAUUCUUGGAGUUCCAACUGAUAAAAUCUAUUUGAUAGAAACUAAUUCAUCUAAUAUACCUAAUGCUACCCAAACUGCCGCCUCGUCAUCAACCGAUUUAAAUGGUGCAGCCAUUGCCAACGCAUGCGAAAAAUUGCGAAAUAGAAUCAAACCAUUUCAAGAAGCUAACCCGAAAGGGAAAUGGGAAGAUUGGGUUAAAGCUGCCUACCUCAAUAGAGUCAAUUUAUCUGCCAAUGGAUUUUACAGGUUUAAAAAUUUAAAAUUAUGUCGUUAUAAAUGUUUAAAUAAAACCUAUCUUUAUCGCACGUAUGGAGCAGCAGUUUCUGAAGUUGAAAUAGAUACCUUGACUGGAGAUUUUCAUAUAUUAAGAACUGAUAUCGUUAUGGAUGUUGGUAAAAGUUUAAACCCGGCAGUCGACAUUGGUCAGAUUGAAGGAGGAUUUAUUCAAGGAGUGGGGCUUUAUACAUUAGAAGAUCAUAUUUUUUCUCCUACUGGAUACCUAUUGACGCGAGGACCAGGGACGUACAAGAUUCCAAGUUCCACUGAUAUUCCUAACGAAUUUUAUGUUUAUUUGCUUCCCAAAGUCCCUAAUAAAUAUGCAAUAUAUUCAUCUAAGGGAAUUGGAGAACCGCCAUUGCUAUUAGGAUCUUCCGUAUUUUUCGCUAUUAAGGAUGCAAUAAUCGCAGCCAGGUUUCCUUAUGCUGACAUAAGCAAUAUAUUUCGAUUUGAUAGUCCAGCGACAUGCGAAAGGAUAAGAAUGAUGUGUAAUGAUGAAAUUACAGCACUGGUAAAUCUUAACAGUAAUAAAGAUUGUAUAGAUUUCUGUAAUAUGAAAGUAAUUAAAUAUUACCCUAGUUGUAUUGGCCAUCAUUCUUAA